GCAAUGGGCAGAGGCGACUACAACCCCAUCUCGCCCUACGGCUACACCCCCACUGAAUGGGUCACUAUCGUCUUUCUCGUCAUCUUUUCCGUCUCGGGUGCCGUCCACCUGGCACAGGGGGUAUGGGGAAAGUAUUAUAUCGUAUUUCCCACUCUCAUCGUCGGGCUACUUCUUGAGAUUAUAGGCUGGGUGGCGAGAUUAUGGAGUUCGAGGAAUGUGCUCUACGACACACCGUUCCUCAUGCAGAUCAUCACGCUCAUCAUCGCCCCCGUCUUCUUCUCGGCGUACUGCUACACCAUCCUGGGCGUCGCCAUCCAAGCACUUGGCAAACAAUACUCUCUCCUCCGCGCCAACUGGUAUGUCGCCAUAUUCGUCACCUGCGACGUCAUCUCCCUCGUCCUCCAAGCCGUCGGCGGCGGCUGGGCCGCCUCCUCUGACGAACACCCCGUCCCCCACACGCCCACCAACAUCAUGGUCGGCGGUAUCAUCUUCCAGCUCGUGACGAUGAUUGUCUUUUGCUGUCUUGCUGCCGAUUUCAUGUGGCGCGCGGCGUCCAAGAAGGCUUAUAAGAGCAAGCUUGCGCAGGCGGAGAAGGAGAGGGAGCUCGAGAUGGGGGUUGUUGAAGUGCCCGACAGUCCUCAAACAGCCGACAGCGACGCGCGGUUGGCUGGAAAGGAGGUCAAUAGCCCGUACAGCACGUCUAUCGACGAUGCGGGAGAGAGGAGGAAGAGGGUGAGGGGAUGGUGGUUUGUCAUGCUUGGCGUUGGGAUUUGCAGUAUUUGCAUCAUCGUGCGAGGUAUCUAUCGUACCGUCGAGUUGCUGCAGGGGUGGGAUGGGUAUCUCAUUUCGCAUGAGGUCUACCAAGACGUACUAGACGGUAUCCCCAUGUCGAUCGCCAUCAUCUCGAUAAACGUGUUCCAUCCUGCGCAUUGGCUGAGUAAGAGACGGGGGUGGAUCAAGGAAUAAAUUCUCCUCCCGCUCCUGCCGCCCUAUCACCCUUCAGGCAUCCUCCGAUCUGUGUCCUUAACCCUAUCCCCCUCAAUCCACAAAGCGACAUCCACAUCCACAUCCAAAAUCCAAAUCCAAAUCCAUACAUCAAAUUCGACAAUGCCGAAGAAUCAGAGAAUUAGAGAAUCGAAAAAAGAGUGAGAUAAGGGGUCAGAAGCUGUAAAUCAAGCUGGUCUCUUGCGUUCGUUGUUGUAGUUUACACAUCAUGGCUCCUCCGACUCAUGGCCAAUUAUCCUAUCCCUUCAACGCUAGAUACCGGUUCCUUUUGUUUCUGUUUUUGUUCUCCUUCUAUUGUAAAGUAGACUACAUAUCAUAUAUACCCCACUGGGCGAACAGUAAUCGUAGGAUCUAGAGAUUAAAAUGCAACAUAUACACUUGA